CAUACUGUAUCCAAGUCGGGGAGUAAUGGCAUGAGUACUGCUUUAUACUGUUUAGACAAGCUUUACAGUGCGCGCGCUGGAAACUAAUACUCGACUUCUUCUGCUCUCACGCCAGUCACAAAUUAGGCCGUCAGGCACUGCGGGGGGAGGCGGCGGACUGUAAGACAAACUGUAAACUUAGUCAAAAGCGACUAAAGUCCCCCAAACUCACAGGCUGAAGAGGCUUCGAACGCAAACGAUUCAUCCUUGCUGGCUGUUCCAAGGGAGGAUACACUGCUGGACAUGUGAAUUUAAAGGAGAUACUUGCUAAGCACAACAAUGAAACCAACGACUACCCCGUGUUGCUUCGGCUUUCUCCUGACUUGCUUCUUGUUUGGGUCGAGCUCCUCACAAUCAGUAUGUGCUGGUACAGAGAACAAGCUGAGCACGCUGUCGGACCUGGAGCAGCAGUACCGCACCCUGCGGAAAUACUACGAGAACUGUGAAGUCGUAAUGGGAAACCUUGAGAUCACAAGCAUCGACCGCAGUCGGGACCUCACUUUCCUCAGAUCUAUCCGAGAAGUGACAGGCUAUGUGUUGGUGGCCCUGAACCAGUUUGACUACCUCCCUUUGGAGAACUUGAGGAUCAUCCGAGGAACCAAGCUAUAUGAGGACCGCUACUCCCUUGCAGUCUUCCUCAACUACAGACGUGAUGGAAACUUCGGCCUGCGCCAGUUGGGUCUGAAAAACCUCACAGAGAUCCUGAGUGGAGGUGUAUAUGUAGACCAGAACAAGUUCCUGUGUCAUGCAGACACUAUCCAUUGGCAGGACAUUGUCAAAAACCCGCGAAUCCAUCCACUGGUCGUGCCCACCAACAGCAGUGUCAUAUGUCAAAAGUGCCAUCGUUCCUGUAAUGGUCGUUGCUGGGGACCCAAAGAGGACCAGUGCCAAAGCUUAACUAAGACAGUGUGUGCCGAGCAGUGUGAUGGCCGUUGCUUUGGUCCCUAUGUUAGUGACUGCUGCCAUCGUGAGUGUGCAGGUGGUUGCUAUGGACCAAAGGACACAGAUUGCUUUGCCUGCACCAACUUCAAUGACAGUGGGGCAUGCGUGACCCAGUGCCCCCAGCCUUUUGUCUAUAACCCCACCACCUUCCAGCUGGAACACAAUCCCAGGGCGAAGUACACCUAUGGAGCCUUCUGUGUCAAGAAGUGUCCACAUAACUUUGUGGUGGACCAUAGCUCCUGUGUGAGAGCGUGUCCCAGCAACAAAAUGGAGGUGGAAGAGAACCGCAUUAAGAUGUGCAUUCCUUGUACUGACAUCUGCCCAAAAGCGUGUGAUGGCAUUGGUACCGCCAGCCUACAGACAGCGCAGACAGUGGACUCCAGCAACAUUGACAAGUUUGUCAACUGCACCAAAAUCAAUGGUAACCUGGUGUUCCUCAUCACUGGCAUCAAAGGGGAUGUCUAUCACAACAUUGAAGCUUUGGACCCAGAAAAACUCAAUGUAUUCCGCACUGUUCGAGAAAUCACAGGCUUUCUGAACAUCCAGUCUUGGCCUGACAACAUGACAGACUUGAGUGUUUUCUCCAACCUGGCAACUAUUGGGGGAAGAGCGCUGUACAGUGGGAUCUCCCUGCUGGUAUUAAAGCAGCAGGGCAUCUCAUCACUGCAGCUCCAGUCCCUAAGAGAGAUCAGCGCUGGGAAUGUCCACAUCGCAGAGAACAGCCAGCUUUGCUACUACAACACUGUCAACUGGACGAGACUGUUCCGCACUGCAAACCAGAAAGUUCUGAUCCGCAACAACCAAAGCCCACAGAAGUGCUCUAAGGAGCACAUGGUGUGUGACCCGCUGUGUUCAGACGCAGGGUGUUGGGGUCCUGGCCCAGACCAGUGCCUCUCCUGCAGAUUUUUCAGCCGUGGACGAACCUGUGUGGAUACCUGCAACCUUUACGAAGGGGAUAUUCGAGAGUAUGCCAACGCGUCAGUGUGUGUGGAGUGUGAUGCCCAGUGUGAGCGAGCUGAUGAUGACUCCUUGACCUGCCACGGUCCGGGCCCAGAGCAUUGUGUGAAAUGCCUCCAUUUCAAGGAUGGUCCUAAUUGUGUGGAAAAGUGUCCCGACGGCCUGCAAGGUGCCAACAGCUUCAUCUUCAAGUACGCAGAAGCCAACAAUGAAUGCCACCCCUGCCAUGCCAACUGCACCCAGGGGUGCAUUGGACCAAGACUGCAAGACUGUAUUGGCUGGAUGGACAGAACUCCUCUGAUUGCAGCAGGGGUGAUCGGCGGCCUCUUCAUGGUGGUGAUCAUGGUGCUGAGCGUAGCGGUGUCUGUGCGCCGGAAGAACAUUAAGAAGAAGAGAGCCCUCCGUCGCUUCCUGGAGACAGAGCUGGUGGAGCCCUUAACACCCAGUGGAACAGCACCCAACCAAGCCCAGCUUCGUAUCCUGAAAGAGACAGAGCUCAAAAGGGUCAAGAUCCUUGGUUCUGGGGCCUUCGGGACUGUUUACAAGGGUAUUUGGGUCCCAGAGGGUGAAACAGUGAAGAUUCCUGUAGCCAUUAAAAUCCUAAGUGAGGCCACAGGACCCAAGGCUAACGUGGAGUUCAUGGACGAGGCCCUGAUCAUGGCUAGCAUGGAGCACCCCCACCUGGUCCGCCUGCUGGGCGUCUGCCUGAGUCCAACCAUCCAGCUGGUCACACAACUGAUGCCUCAUGGGUGCCUGCUUGACUAUGUCCACGAGCACAAGGACAACAUCGGAUCCCAGCUGUUGCUCAACUGGUGUGUCCAGAUUGCCAAGGGGAUGAUGUAUCUGGAGGAGCGUAGGCUGGUCCACAGGGAUCUGGCAGCCCGAAAUGUCCUGGUAAAAUCUCCCAACCACAUCAAGAUCACUGACUUUGGUCUGGCUCGCCUGCUGGAUGUCAAUGAGAAGGAAUAUAAUGCUGAUGGAGGAAAGAUGCCUAUCAAAUGGAUGGCCCUGGAGUGUAUCCAUUACAGGAAGUUUACACAUCAGAGUGACGUUUGGAGUUACGGGGUAACCAUCUGGGAGGUGAUGACAUUUGGAGGGAAGCCAUACGAUGGGAUUUCCACCAGAGAUAUCCCAGACCUGCUAGAGAAAGGAGAGCGUCUUCCUCAGCCUCCCAUCUGCACUAUAGACGUUUACAUGGUCAUGGUGAAAUGCUGGAUGAUUGAUGCAGACAGUCGGCCCAAGUUCAAGGAGCUGGCUGCAGAGUUCACUCGGAUGGCUCGUGAUCCCCAGAGAUACCUGGUCAUCCAGGGUGAUGACCGUAUGAAGCUACCUAGUCCAAACGACAGCAAGUUCUUCCAGAGCCUCCUGGACGAGGAGGAGCUGGAGGACCUGAUGGAUGCUGAAGAGUACCUGGUGCCCCACUCCUUCAACAUUCCACCACUGGCAUAUACUCCCCGCACACACAUGGACACCAACAAGAACCAGUUUGGCUACCAGGAUCCUAGUUUCAGCAUGGAGAAUAUGCUGGCCACCCUCCCCAGAGUGGUCUCUGUUCCACCUGUGUCUGGGGGCUGCCUCCCUCCACAAGACCUGGCCUCAGUGGGGCAGAUUGGUGGUGGAUUUGGCCGUGGCAACCAGGAUGACCCUCGCUGCAAUGGCACCCUGAGGAAGCAGGCCUCCCCAAGGUCAAGUACCCUUGGGGCUGGCUCAGCUCUCACUGCAGGACAAGGUGGAAGGGAGGAUAGUACUGGACAGCGUUACAGUGCCGAUCCAACCGGUCUUUUAGCGGAACGAGGAGCAAAAGGUGACAAGGACCAGGAUAGCUACAUGACUGCCAUGAGAGACAAGAACAACUCAGACUAUCUCAACCCAGUAGAGGAAAACCCCUUUGUCACACGUCGUAGGAACGGUGACGCCCACGCAGUGAUUGAUGGAGCGAGUUGCCACACCCUGCACAUGGCUGGAGCUGCUGCUGCACCCAAGAACCAGUCCGUCCACGGGGACGAUGAGUAUGUCAACGAGCCACUGUACCUGAAUACCUUCCUUAACCCUGGGGACAAGAACGGAUUGGCUGGCGCAGUCUCCGUCUCUGGGCCGGGGUCCUCUGCUGCCCAAUCAGUAUCGCAGACAGUCAACCCAUCAACAUCAAGCCACACAGUCUCCUCUUCUGGAUAUGUGGUACCCCCUGGCCACAUCCCCCACCCAUCGUAUCCAUCACACACCCUGCAUCCGGGGCAUUCAGGACACGCUCUACACUCAGGCAUCACCAGCAGCACCAUCAUGUUUGAUAAGAAAGGCAAGAAGGCGACUUUUGACAAUCCUGAAUACUGGCAGCACAGUCUACCCCCGAAGUCCUCACUGCACAACCCUGAGUACCUGCAGGACUGCAGCACACGCUUCUUCUACCGGCAGAAUGGACGCAUUCGCCCUGCUGUGGCCGAAAACCAGGAGUACUUGUCCGAGGCGGCUAUGAAAGCUGGCAAUGUGUUGCCACCCCCUCCAUACAGACAGAGGAACACUGUAGUGUAGUGACCCACCUGUAGCACAGUGGAGGGAUGAAUAGAGGGAUAAAGGUGGAGAUUAAUGGCCUCUCGUUUCCAUGCAGUACUCCUCAACCUGGGUUCUGCUUGUACCCUCACUGAACACAUCUCUCUGUUAUGUCUGAUUGCAGCUCUUUUAUUCUGACUCUGAGGUUCUGCCUUUUCUUGACAGGACAACAAUAACUUCUCACCUCACUUGACAUUCAUCUUUUUUAGCUCAGUCCUUGGCUAUGAAAAGCAAGUAGAAACAUCUGUUCGAGUUUUGUUCUGUUCUGGAGCACGGUGUCCUGCCAUCUUUAGUAUCAGAAAGCUAAAAAAAAAACCAACACAGUGAAAGACUGAAAUUAGAUGUUUAAUAAGAGAAAAAGGAGAAAUGAACUGAGUUUAGCCCAAAGAGAGGAUUAUCGCCAUGACCUUACAUGUUUUUAUUUAUCCACCCAUGAAUUACAGUUCAUCGUGUCCUUUUAGCACAUUUUCCACCUAGCUAGCUGUACACAUUGAAGUAUGCACACAUUGCUAUUGCCUGUGUGGAGUCUGUCUAAUGACACAUGCACAUGGAGUUGUGUCGUGACUCACCAGCAAACCUGCAGUCAUGCUGAAGAGCCCAGAUGUGGCUUGGAUGCUGUGCCCACACGCUUCUUUGACUUUUACAUGUUGCUGCACCAUUAAUGGAAUUCAAACAUUUAUCACACACAGCUCAUAUCAUACCUAAAACAUGUUAACAUUCCUGCAGGCUUGACACACUAAUAAUAACAUUAAUCCAUAAGUAAAUACACACUGCUUGAAAUAUAUUCUGGCGGGAAAGCUCAAUUGACCUUGUGCUGGAAGACAGAGUGUGCCAAUAAUGGCAGUCAGUGGUGCAGCGCAGAGAAAGGGGUCAGCAGGAAAGUAAAUGUCACCACUGUUUUAUGGGAAGCUGUGAUAUCACCCAGCACCUGGUGGAAAGCAUUCAACAGAUUAUUGACAUGGCCAGGGUGGGAUUUAAAAGGUUGACCGCUCAGAAGAAAACCCUUAACUUCCCACGUCGGUGUACCCUCUUGUCCCUCUUUCAUCCACACCACUGCAGUCUGAAGAGCCAGCAAGCAUCCACUUCAAUAUCACCUUCAUAAGAUCAUUGUAAGCAGCAUUGUGACUGACAUAACCAAUGGUAACUGCAAUACAAGGAAUAAUGGAUGAAUGGAACUGGUGUUUGGGAAUGGACAAAUAUUUUGACGGAGAAAAGAGCGUAAGGAUGAUGAAGAGCACAUAAACCGAACAUGAGGGAAAAAUAUUUUAGAAUCUGGAUCAGAAUAUAGUGUUUGUUUGUUUGUUUGUUUGUUUGUUUUGUCUUUUUCUUUUUAGACAUCAGGGAUCUGUUUACUUUGUCACCUUGUCUUACACCUAUUCUUAUGCCAACAGCACAGAUACCCAGCCAUGAAAGAGUAUUGUGGAGAUGGCAAAGAGGCUAACUGUGCAGAGCUGUAAAUAAUAACAAUUACAUGUCAUUACCAGACAGAGACAAUCCCAGAAAAAGGAUCUGUGGAACAAGCUGUGUCUGGAAAAAGGUAAAAGAUGGAUAACAUAAUUUUUUUGAACCCUCUCUGUGUUUGUACUAUUUUAUGUCAUAAAAACAAGAAAUUUGACUUUGACCACACAGUCAAGAAUAGAGGGCCUUGCUCUGUCUUUUAGGGUUCAGGUGGUUUGGGAGGGGAGACUGUUUAUGGAGACCUCCUCCACAUGUUUACCAUGGAACACUGUAAGAAAAUGGGAAACUUUAUUUUUUAUUGGUGUUUGACAUUAACUGUGAGACAUUACAAGUUAUCACUGAAGCUACUGAUGGCUAGCUUCCUGUACUCAUACACUACUGGCAGAUGCCACAUUAAACUCUGAUGGAGACCACUAGCAUCUGUCGUCAAAUGACUUUGAAGCCGAAUUUAGGCUGGG